AGGCUGCUUCGGUCGGGAGGGCUGGUGGUGGCUGCGGUUGGUGGGGAAGAGACUCGACAGAGAGGCCGAACUGGGCUGGAUCUGAGAGAGCACAGGUUGUAGACUCCUGUUCAGCCCCAUCCAGACCCUUGCCGAACCACCAGGAAGACAGAUAGAGACAAAGAGCCUCUGGGAAGACCCAGGAGUCCCGCAGGAAAAGAGGGGCCGGAGAUCUGCCGAAGAAACAGGAUCUGGGGGCACCUUAAGGGCAUUUUAUUCCUGCAAGGGUCACAGCUUGAUCCCUGGGAGUCCUAGAUCUCUGAAGGUGCCAGGAAUGAUACCACACGUGCCAAUACAGAAAGGGUCCAAAUCCUGGGGAAGGGGUGUGGAGAAGGAACCCAGCCUCUAAUGGAGAUGUCCAGACCCCAAGGGACAGAAAGCCAAGCAAAACGAUCUAGUAUCCAAUGGCCCGUCUGCCAGGGAUCCAGUAGAGUGGGACUCUGGGGUGCACACAACUGAAAUAUAAUCCAAAGGUUGGACACCUAGAAGGGCAAGAAUCGCAAGAGGAAGUGGUGGAAUCCCAACUUCUUGGCAGGAACAAGGAACUAGAAUCUGGAAUUUCGGCUGCUGCUGCUCUCAAUUCUUCAAGACCCCAAGGAUCGAGAACCAAGGAAUCCAGAAAAGUGAGGGAGAGAUCAGAAAUGGGCCAUGUAGAACCUGUUCUGGAGAAUCUAGAACCUUGGAAUUCAGAAAUGCAAGGGAUCUAGCCCUGCCUGGAAGCCCAACACUGUCUGGAAUGGAACCUAGGAGUCCUGAGGGGUGAAGGGGGCUGGAAGGACAGGCAGGGGGUGCACUCAGGAUCCUACAACAGCGACUGGAACCUGAGCACACAACAGACUGAACCCAGGCAUUUGAUUUUGGAACCUGCCGCCUUGGCAGGAUCUGGAGCCUAAGACUUUGGGAAGGGUUGGAUACAAGAAUCCCUUCAGGCUGGACCGGCCCAGGAGUCCUGAUGAGUGAACAGGGUCAAAGAGCAGAGAACCUUGGAGUAAAGAGGAUCCUGAGUCCUAGACAGCUCCCACUGAGGAAGGUGCCACUGAGGGAAGAUGCCCUCCCUGCGUCUGCCUGAGCGCUGCACCAUUUCCUGAUUCCUUUGGCUGGGGGGGGGGCAAGGAUGGUUCGCUGCCAGCCAUGCUGAACUUUUGCUUGCAACGCAGCCAUGCAGGCAAGUGGGCACAGUGGCCGAGCAUCCCUCCAUGGCAUCCAGAGGAGCAGAGGGCUUAGGGGGUGCCCCUCAGGGCCGUGAUCUGGCUAGGCGGGCCUGAGCAAGAGGCAGAUGGCUUGGAGGUGGAGAGAUGGAGGAUGGCUGCAGCUGCUCUCGGGGGCUCUGAGAUACUGAGGAGAAGGUAAAAAGGCAUCUGGGAUGUGGAGUGGAGGGCCUGCCAUGCCAUCUACCAUGGAAAGGCUGCUGCUGGUCCAGCUGCUGAUGGUGGGGAGCACAUUGGCUCAGAUUGAGGGCUGCCCCUUCCACUGCGUGUGCCAAAACCUCUCUGAGUCCCUCAGCACGCUCUGCGCCAACAAGGGGUUACUCUUCAUCCCACCCAACAUUGACCGGCGGACAGUGGAGCUGCGCCUGGCUGACAACUUCAUCCAGGUUGUCGAGCCACUGGACUUCCUGAACAUGACAGGCCUUGUGGAUCUAACUCUGUCUCGGAAUACCAUUGACACCAUCCGCCCCUUUGCCUUUGGGGACCUAGAGAGCCUCCGUUCACUCCACUUGGAUGGCAACCGGCUGACUGAGAUCAGGGAAGAGGCCUUGCGGGGUAUGCUUAACCUUCAGCAUCUCAUUCUGAACAACAACCAGUUGGUGGACAUCUCGGUGGCCGCUUUUGAUGACUUCUUGUUGACCCUGGAGGACCUGGAUUUGUCCUACAACAACCUGCACCAUGUCCCAUGGGAAGGGAUCCAGGGGAUGCUCUGCCUGCACACACUCAACUUGGACCACAAUCUCAUUGAUUUCAUCCUGGAAGGGACCUUUGCUGAGCUUUACAAGCUCUCCCGUUUGGAUAUGACCUCUAACCGCCUUUACACACUGCCCCCCGACCCACUCUUUGCCCGCUCUCAGGUUGGGGUCAUCAGCCCGACCCCCUAUACCUCCACCAUUGUGCUAAGCUUUGGAGGGAAUCCCUUGCAUUGCAACUGUGAGUUGCUGUGGUUGCGUCGUUUGGUGCGGGAGGAUGACAUGGAGACCUGUGCCUCUCCUCCGCAGGUGGCGGGUCGCUAUUUCUGGUCAAUUCCUGAGGAGGAGUUCACCUGCGAACCCCCCCUCAUUACCCGGCACACCCACAAGCUCUGGAUCUUAGAGGGCCAAAGGGCCACCCUGAGGUGUCGGGCCAUUGGGGACCCUGAGCCGGUGAUCCACUGGGUCUCCCCCGAUGACAAAAUCAUCUCCAACUCCUCCAGGACCAUGUCAUUCCACAACGGCACCCUGGACAUCUUGGUGACCACCAUCCGGGACGAUGGGACCUACACCUGCAUUGCCAUCAAUGCCGCAGGGGAGUCUACAGCCAUCGUGGACCUCAAAAUCAUCCCUUUGCCUCACCGGGGGAAUGGCAGCAUCACUGUGCUCCAACAGGACCCUGGCUCAUCUGACAUUGCCACUUCAGCCAAAACGUCAACCAAUGCCACUGAGGGAGGCUCCGAGAAAAGAGUGGAGGUGUCUGAUGUGACAGCCACUUCGGUGCUGGUGCACUGGGUAACUGACAAGUCAGCCUAUGCAGCGUGGAUGUACCAGAUCCAAUACAACUGCACUGUGGAUGACACUCUCAUUUACAGCUCCAGUAAAAUAUGUACAGUACCUGGAAAUCUGAAUGCCUACAGUACAAGUUACCCCAACAGCAUGCAGUCAAGUUCUGAUAUGAUGAAUGUACAGAUUAUCCCCACCACCAGCCGACAUUUUCUCCUCAAGCACCUUGUGCCCAGCGUGGAUUACGACCUGUGUGUCUUGGCCAUCUUUGAUGAUGUGGCCACAUCCCUGGCAGCCACGCACCUUCUGGGCUGUGCCCAGUUUGCCACAUUGGAGGCCUACCCAGACUGCCACUCACUGCACGCUCACUUCCUGGGCGGGACCCUGACGGUGAUCGUGGGAGGCCUCAUCGUGGUCACCUUGCUGGUUUUCACGGUGGUCAUGAUGGUGAAGUACAAGGUCUGUGGCAGCAUCCACGGGAGCCUGCCUAAGGUCACCAAUGUCUACUCACAGACCAACGGCGGGCACCCCAAUGGCCUGCUCCCCCUGCGGACGCCCCCCAAGGUGCGGGGCCCAAAGCAUCGGCGGAUGCGGGGAGCCAAAGCUGCUCAGCUGGAGCACAGGACGGGAGAUGGGGUGGGGGGAGAGGCCUGGAGGCCUGCUGGCACUUCUGCCAAGACCAAGCGCAGCAGCUCCCUGGACCUGGGUGACGUCUCAUCCAGUUCCUGCUACAGCUACACCAAGCGCUUCAGCUUUAAGUGGACCAAGAGGAGCCGGUCGGUCCAUGGGAUGCUGGUGCAGUGUACGGCUCCCGAGGGUGACGCCAAGAGGCUCGAACCCUUCCUCAAUGCGGACGAGCUGGAGGAAAGUGUGGUAUAGCCUGGCUCCCCGGGACUGGAGGACAGAACCUGUGUGUGCUGCCCCAGCCACCCUCACAUGUGUGACAUCAGGUGCCAGACUGAAGCUGGCACCUGAAAUCAGCCACUGGGCCCCGGGCAUGGUGUGGUGGGGGCAGGUAAAGGAUAACCCCCUGUCCAGGUCAUGCCACCGAGGUGGGGGACUUCCAGCUGCACAAUAGGCCUCUACCCUGUUUGGGAACCAUGCCUCUGGUGCAGAGACGCCACGGCUAAAGCUGCGCGGCCUGACCUUCAGCACAGCUGCUGUUCCUCCAGCAACAGGAACACAGCCUGGCUCAGGGCUAGACUUUCUCCUGGGGCGGUGGGGCGGGGAAUGGGUUGAUCAAAGGAGAGCUGCUUUGACUGGAGGAUUUGGGGGAAGGGGAAUCAUAUUUUGUCAGAGGGAAUGGCAUUUUGUCUAGAUUUGCAGUUCAUCAGAGCAGUGAAUGGCGGUGUGCGUGGAGUGUUGUCAGCCACACACACAAUUGCUCUGAAUAGGGAAAGGGUUUUUUUUAAAAAAAGGUUCACAAAAUUUGCCAAAAAAAAAAAAAUGGGGGGAGGAAAGAACGCUACUGAAAUAAUCCCAAACGGUUAAUGUUUCGAAAGCAGGAGAUGAAAUAGAAAAGUGAAUAUUCUGGGCAGAGCUGUGUAUAAUAUAUGUUCUAAAAACAGGGAGUGUGGAGAGCUUGAAGGGGAAAUCAAAAUUCCACACCAAGUAAAACCCAAACUUUGUACCAAGGAAAGAUGGAAUUCUGCAAUGUGUAUAA